AAUGCAACAUAAAUGGAAUGAAGUACUAUCUUCCGAAUCUAUAUCUAGUGAGAAAGGAAUACCACGAUCACCACCGCAAAGCAAUGGGCGUUAUACUUUCUGCCUUAACUGGCGGUGCCGCAACGGCGGCGACGUCUUCGCCGGAGAGUUCUGCUUCUAGGGUCCAGUCUUUCCACUCUUCGGCGCGCUGGCAGCUCCACUUCAACGAGCUCAAAGAAACCAAUAAGCUCGUUGUGAUAGAUUUCUCGGCGUCGUGGUGCGGCCCUUGCAAAUUCAUAGAGCCAGCGAUUCACGCCAUGUCCGAAAAGUUCACCGACGUUGACUUCGUCAAGAUCGACGUCGACGAAUUGCCGGAUGUGGCGAAGGAGUUUAAUGUGGAGGCGAUGCCGACGUUCGUGUUGUGUAAGAAAGGGAAGGAAGUCGACAAGGUUGUGGGCGCAAAGAAGGACGAGCUCGAAAAGAAGAUUGAGAAACAUCGAUCGCAAUCUUAGCUCUGUAAUCCAAUUUAUCCAGUUAUUUAUCUUUCUUUUCAAGAGAAACAAAAAUAAUUAAAACAGUGUUUAAAUUGUUUCAUUUGGCUAUAGUGUUAUGAUGAUGAUGGAUGGGGUUGUAAAAUUUAAACUUGUUCGGUUGCUUCUUCAGGAAGGUGUCUGUUUCAUAUUUUAGCAAAAAUUGUUGUUAUAUAUAGAAAUUGAGAAUACUGUCUCACUCUG